GUUCCGUUGCACAUCUGAGAGAACUUUCAAUUCUGGGACUUCUGGGGGAAGGUUUAAUUUUAACUACAGAUUUGAAAAGAGGAAGCUUCUGCGAUCUCAAAAAAAAAAAAAAAAGGUUUCUGACAAAGGGCGUUUUGAGCUUUUCGCGGCUUCUCUUGUUUCCAUCCCAGUCACAGCCUUCUUACAUUUAUUCACACGCACUCUGUUGCGCCAACAACGUAGAAAUGCUUCCAACUCCCGAUACCUCACAUGUUUCUUUCGAUCGAAUCUACGAACCUGCCGAAGAUUCCUUCCUACUCCUCGACACCUUAUCCUCCGCGAGUGAAAAGGAAUUUCUGCGUCAACGGUUUCCUCGAAGCGAGCAGAGCUCAAUAUCGCCCUCUCCAUUGAUAGUAGAGGUUGGUACUGGAUCUGGUGUUGUUCUCUCGUUCGUACAUGCACACGCAGAAAUUAUAUUUGGCAGAGCGGAUAUUCUUACAGCGGGUGUCGAUGUCAAUCGCUAUGCAUGCGAGGCUACACAGGAAACAGUGAGAGUAGCAGAGAAGGAACAGGCUUCACAAAAUCUAUCACACGGGUCAUAUCUAGGGAAUGUGGUGGGAAAUUUAGGAACCUCUUUAAAGUCUGGAAUGACAGACGUAUUGAUCUUUAAUCCGCCAUAUGUGCCAAGUCCGGAUGUGCCUAUACCAGAGCUUUCUGGGGCAGGAAACGAGGAUGGGUCAUUGUCAUAUGAAGGGGACUCAAAAUUACUAGCUUUGUCGUAUGCUGGUGGAGUGGAUGGGAUGGAGAUUACGGAUCGGCUAAUCGAUGCUUUGCCGGAGGUUCUGAACCAGGAGAGAGGUUGUGCGUACAUCUUGCUCUGCGCGCAGAACAAACCCGAGAAUGUCAAACAACGGAUACGUGGUUUUGGAGAUGAGUGGAAAGCGGAAACUGUUAGUAAUAGUGGAAAGGUCGGGGGAUGGGAAAAAUUGCAAAUCGUUAGGAUUUGGCGCAUGCCAGCUAACACCUCCUGAAAUUAACGUAGCCAUCACUCGUCCAUAUCGCUUUGAUGCGGCAAGAAAAGCCCAAAUGUAUUUCA